AUGUAUCAGGCAGUAGAAGUAGUAGAAGUAGUAGAGGAAGUAGAAGUAGUAGAGUCAGCAGGGGAGGUAAUAGUAGAGACACCAGAAUCACCAUCUACAAACUCUCCGUGCUUCCUCUUUAGCUUUUUGGUUGCAACGGGCUUAUAUUUAGAGCAAUCAACGAGAAUCGUGUCUUGCAUAAACCUUGGUGUAUGGAUGCCUUCUUUGGCCAAUAAUAACAUACAAAACUCCUUGUCAGCUUCGUUCAUUUGGUCGAAGCGCUCUUGGACAGUUAUGCUUGUUUCUGCUGGAACAGGUGUUGGAUUGGCACCCGACUAUAAAUAA